AUGUACGGCCUUAUCUUCGAAGUCCUUGAAGACUUUGUUGUCGACAUGCAUGGAACGGAAGCUUGGCACAAGAUAAAAGAGAUCGCAGGAUGCAAAACGAAAGACCAGGCUUUUCUUCGAAGAGCCUACUAUGACGAUGAAGAACUGUUUGCACUCGUCGAUGCAGCUGCAUCACUCCUGAAUGUCCCGUCUCCAGAUAUUCUGGAAGCCUACGGUCGGUACUUCCUCGUCAAAAAGCUCAGUAGAAGUGGGUACAGUGAGCUGUUGAAAUGUCAGGGGUCUACCUUGCGCCAAUGGCUUUCCAAUCUCAACGCCAUGCAUGAGUACAUCAAGAGAAGCUUUCCAGGAGAAGGUUUUAUCGCACCUAUAUUCUGGUGUGAAGACUGCGAAGACUUCGAUGGGUCCAUUCUUCUACAUUACUACUCAAUGAGGGGAAAUAGGCUCGUACAGUUGGUUGUGGGGCUUGUGGAGGAACUCGCAAUUCAACAUUUCGAUUUGGAGGUCAAGAUGAAUCAGACUUCCUUACAAGGGCAAGACGGGGCAGCAUUCACGACAUGGCGGGUGUCAGCUGUUGAUGAAUCUAAGCAGUGGAAGCUCUCACCAGGAAACGACGUCGAACAUCAGGUUGAUUUUCAUGACGUUCCAAUUCCUGAGAAAUGUCCUUUCUCGGGGCGAAAGCUCAAAAGGGGGACAAGCGAUGAUUCACAAAAAAAAAUAAGUCAUCAUCAUAACCAUGCGGAGCAGCAACAAGAACAUCGCGAUGAUGGCACGGUAGCAACAGCGAAAUGUCCAUUUCAUAGUGGGACAUCCCAUGACAGAGAUUAUUCUGGAACCGCCGAGACGUCCUCAGUUAACUCAUUUUCAAGAUCUAGCGAAGCUGGUGACGUUGCGAAUUCCUUCAGAUUCGAAUUGCAGCAUCUGACAGAGCUCUUCCCAUUUCACAUCUUGGUCGAUGAAAGUUUCUCGAUUAUCAAUGUCGGC